CCAGAAGGAAGCGAGCUCUGAUUCUGAUGUGCUCACUUCACUGUUCACUCACGCAGUGACGAUAAGCAGCGCUGCGCAGCGGACGAGGAUGCUCUGUUCUCCCCCGCGUACACCCUCCUGUCUCAGGCUUUCCACGAUCAACAUGGAAGGGCUUAAUUAAUGCCCCUGCCCUCAAGCUAAUGAAUUUUAACUCGCAGUUUGAGACUGGACUUGCGUUAAAGCACUGGACUUUCCCUACCGAGUGGAUAACGCUGAGGUAUCUGCCAAAUAAUAAGUCUUCAGAGAAGAGGCAAAUUAUGCAAGCAGCACCAGAGUCCCUCCCUCUGGUGACGUGCCAGCCCAUUGGUCAGACCGCCCUGUGCCCCUCCUCUAGCCCCGCCCUCUCUACUGGCAGAUCCAUGCUGCUGGACACGCCCCACAGAGCCACGCCCACACCAUGAGUGCCAACGGGCCAGCCAACGCCCCUGCGGCCCCGGCUGCAACCCCAGUUGCCCCGCCGGUGCCCAGUCCGGUAGCCGCCCCUCCGGCUGCCCCGGUCCCAGUGCCGACCGUCCCGGUGGGCACAUUGGCACAGAAGAAGCGGGCGCAGUACGCCAAAAGCAAGAAGCAGGGGAGCAACGCCAACACCAGGCCAGCCAGGGCCCUGUUCUGCCUCAAACUCAACAAUCCCAUACGAAGAGCCUGCAUCAGCCUGGUAGAGUGGAAGCCAUUUGAUAUCUUUAUAUUAAUAGCUAUUUUUGCCAACUGUAUGGCCUUAGCUGUGUACAUCCCCUUCCCUCAGGAUGACUCCAACUCCACCAACCAUGACCUGGAAACGGUAGAACAUGUCUUCCUCGUCAUUUUCACUAUCGAAACCUUUCUGAAGAUUAUCGCCUACGGUUUAGUGGCACACCAGAACGCGUAUGUCAGAAACGGAUGGAACAUGCUGGAUUUUGUCAUCGUCGUCGUCGGGCUGUUCAGUGUUGUCCUGGAGCUUUUGACCAAAGACUCUGUUGAGACGAAGGAGGAAGCGGAGGCGGGCGCGGCGGCGGCGGCGGCAGCGGCAGCGCUCCACCCCUCCGCCCACGGCCACGGGGGAAAGUCGGGCGGCUUCGACGUCAAAGCCCUCCGGGCCUUCCGUGUGCUGCGACCCCUACGCCUGGUCUCAGGAGUGCCCAGUUUACAGGUGGUGUUGAACUCCAUUAUUAAAGCCAUGGUCCCUCUCCUCCACAUCGCCCUGCUGGUCCUGUUUGUCAUCAUCAUCUACGCCAUCAUCGGCCUUGAGCUCUUCAUUGGCAAAAUGCACGCUACCUGCUUCUUCCCCAGCACAGGCAUGAUAGCGGAGGACGAGCCGGCUCCAUGUGCGAUCUCAGGGCACGGGCGCCAGUGUCCCAUCAAUGGCACCGAGUGCAGGGAGGGCUGGCACGGCCCCAACGACGGCAUCACCAACUUUGACAACUUCCUGUUUGCCAUGCUGACCGUGUUCCAGUGUAUCACCAUGGAAGGCUGGACGGACGUGCUCUACUGGAUGAACGAUGCUAUGGGUCUAGAGCUUCCAUGGGUCUACUUUGUAUCUCUGGUCAUCUUCGGCUCCUUCUUUGUUCUGAACCUGGUUCUGGGAGUGUUGAGCGGAGAGUUCUCCAAGGAGAGAGAGAAGGCCAAGGCUCGUGGAGACUUUCAGAAACUGAGAGAGAAGCAACAGCUGGAGGAGGACCUCAAGGGCUACCUGGACUGGAUCACUCAGGCCGAGGACAUCGAUCCGGAGAACGAGGACGAGGAGGGCUAUGAGGAGGGCAAACGCAAGCUGUCUACUACAGUCCACCCUACUGGUGUCAGUGUCAGUCGUGCUGGUGUUGUCAGGGUGACUCUGGCUGACCUCACAGAGAAGAAGAAAGGAAGCAGGUUUGGGUGGUUCAGCCAGUCCUCCGACACUCAUGUGAGUAUACCAGCCAGUGAGACAGAGUCGGUGAACACAGAGAACGUGGCCGAGGAUGAGGCGAAGACACCGUGCUGCGGACCUUUUUGUCAAAAAAUUUCAAAAUCAAAGUUCAGUCGGCGCUGGCGUCGCUGGAACAGGUUCUGCCGCAGAAAGUGCCGGGUGGCGGUGAAAUCGGUGCCUUUCUAUUGGCUGGUGAUCAUCCUGGUGUUUCUCAACACGCUCACAAUCUCCUCCGAGCACUACAACCAGCCUGACUGGCUCACACAAGUACAGGACGUGGCAAACAAGGUUCUGCUGGGCAUGUUUACGUGUGAGAUGAUGACCAAGAUGUACAGUCUGGGCCUGCAGGCCUACUUUGUGUCCCUGUUCAACCGAUUCGACUGCUUCGUGGUGUGUGGAGGCAUCACCGAGACCAUCCUGGUGGAGCUGGCCAUCAUGUCUCCUCUGGGCAUCUCCGUGUUCCGCUGUGUCCGCUUGCUCAGGAUCUUCAAGGUCACACGGUGAGGCCACUGCCAUGUGGAGUAGGGUGAAGUUGUCCCUAGGCGCUGAUCUUGGGUCAGCUUUGCUCACCCGCUAAUGGUUAAGUUAAGGAUUGGAGGAGGGGAAGCUGAUCAUAGAUCUGUACCUAGGGGAAACUUCACCCCGGAUCAAUGCUUUCAUCACAUGCUUCGUAAACAACCGGUGUAGACUAACAGUGAAAUGCUUACUUACGAGUCCUUUUCCAACAAUGCAGAAUAAAGAGAAAGAGAAAAUAAACAUAUAAAUAGUGACACAUGGAAUAAAUAUCAAUCAAUCAAAUGUAUUUAAAAAGCCCUUCUUACAUCAGCUGAUGUCAUAAAGUGCUGUACAGAAACCCAGCCUAAAACCCCAAACAGCAAGCAAUGCAGGUGUAGAAGCACGGUGGCUAGGAAAAACUCCCUAGAAAGGCCAGAUCCUAGGAAGAAACCUAGAGAGGAAACAGGCUAUGAGGGGUGGCCAGUCCUCUUCUGGCUGUGCCGGGUGGAGAUUAUAACAGAACAUGGGCCAAGAUGUUCAAAUGUUCAUAGAUGACCAGCAGGGUCAAAUAAUAGUAAUCACAGUGGUUGUCGAGGGUGCAACAGGUAAGCACCUCAGUAGAGUAAAUGUCAGUUGGCUUUUCAUAGCCGAUCAUUCAGAGUAUCUCUACCGCUCCUGCGGUCUCUAGAGAGUUGAAAACAACAGGUCUGGGACUGGUAGCACAUCCAGGGAACAGGUCAGGGUUCCAUAGCCGCAGGCAGAACAGUUGAAACUGGAGCAGCAGCACGGCCAGGUGGACUGGGGACAGCAAGGAGUCAUCAGGCCAGGUAGUCCUGAGGCAUGGUCCUAGGGCUCAGGUCCUCUGAGAGAG